AGCCCCGCCCACACCCAAAGCCAACCGAACGGAGAUUGUUUUCCUCUCGGGGAGAUUUUCACUUUGCAGCUUGAACUGUUUAUUUUAAAAUCACACGCCGCUGAUAAGUUGCUUUUAGCAUAUUCAUCAAUGUGUUAUCUUCCCCGGCCUGAGGAAUAAGCGGGUAACGAGGAAAAAUAACGGAUUAUCAAAGCAUCAUUUGCGUUCUUCAGCUCGCUAUUUGGGAGAGGGGUCUCUCAGCUUUUACGAGUAUGAGUUCAUAAUGAAGCGGCGUCUGGAGGAUCAGGAAACGGUUUUUGCGUCCCAGCAGCGGCGCCUCGCUGGCAACGCGGAGGCUUUCCAGCAUCGGGUCCUGGCCCCUGCACCGGCCCCGGCUGUGUAUGAGGCCGUGUCCGACAACAUGCAGCCCACAGCAGGCGUCCAGUACUCCGUCCCCCAGGGAUACCAGGUAUCUCUGCUUUCCCAGGUUUCCACCGUGGCCCAGAACAGUGGUGGGCAUGGCCACACUCCAAACCCAGCUGUCCACGGCGGGUCCCACCACCACAGCCCAGCAGUCCAGUCCCAUGGGCCAUCAGUGAUGUCCGGGCACAGCCAUACAGCUGCUCCCCAGGCCUCGGCACAGGGCCAGCAGUUUCAAAGGCUCAAGGUGGAAGAUGCUCUGUCUUACUUGGAUCAAGUGAAACUGCAGUUUGGCAACCAUCCUCAGGUCUACAACGACUUUCUGGACAUAAUGAAAGAGUUCAAGUCUCAAAGCAUUGACACCCCGGGGGUCAUCAGCAGAGUGUCACAGCUCUUCAAAGGUCACCCUGACCUCAUCAUGGGCUUCAACACCUUCCUGCCGCCGGGCUACAAGAUCGAGGUCCAGACCAACGACCUGGUCAACGUGACCACGCCUGGUCAGAUCCACCACAUCACCCCGCAUGGCAUUUCGGUUCAGAACAUCCCAAUCACAGGAGCAGCUACCCUACAUCCACCCCUGCUCCCGUCUGCUGCUGCCACCACCACCGCUCCGCCCCUUCUGACGCAGCCCACCCCCGCCAAGAUGAGCAAGCCUCUUCAGCCACAGGCGUUGAUACCGAGCAGUCAGAGCAAUCCGUCCAUCCCUGCCUUCCCGUCUCCUCGCUCCCCGCCCAUGCAGCUCCACCCGCCACUCAGCGGGACCCCCACGGGGCCCCCCAUGCAGAACAACCAGCCCGUGGAGUUCAACCACGCCAUCAACUAUGUCAACAAGAUCAAGAACCGCUUCCAGGGCCAGCCCGACAUCUACAAAGCCUUCCUGGAGAUCCUCCACACGUACCAGAAGGAGCAGCGUAACGCUAAGGAGGCUGGUGGGAACUACACCCCAGCACUGACGGAGCAGGAGGUGUACGCCCAGGUGGCUCGGCUCUUCAAGAACCAAGAGGACCUGCUCUCAGAGUUCGGCCAAUUUCUGCCUGACGCCAACAGCUCAGUGUUGUUAAGUAAGACUACGGCUGAGAAGGCGGAGUCCGUACGGAACGACCACGGCGGUACGGCCAAAAAGCUGCAGCUCAACAACAAACAGCGGCCCAAUCAGAACGGCUGCCCGAUCCGCCGGCAUCCGACUCCAGGGGCCACACCUCCUGUCAAGAAGAAGCCCAAGUUACUGAAUUUGAAAGAUUCCUCGGUGGCGGAGGCCAGCAAGCAUGGAGUCGGGACAGAAUCUCUGUUCUUUGAGAAGGUGCGCAAAGCCUUGCGAAGUGCAGAGGCUUACGACAACUUCCUGCGGUGCCUGGUCAUCUUCAAUCAGGAGAUGAUCUCCAGGGCUGAACUAGUGCAGUUGGUGCUGCCGUUUUUAGGAAAAUUCCCAGAGCUGUUCAACUGGUUCAAAAACUUCUUGGGAUAUCGGGAAAUGUCCCACAUCGAAACGUACCCUAAGGAACGGGCCACCGAGGGCAUCGCCAUGGAGAUCGAUUAUGCUUCCUGUAAGAGACUAGGCUCCAGUUACAGAGCUCUGCCCAAAAGCUACCAGCAGCCCAAAUGCACUGGCAGAACUCCACUUUGUAAAGAGGUCCUAAAUGACACCUGGGUGUCCUUCCCCUCCUGGUCUGAGGACUCCACAUUUGUCAGCUCCAAGAAGACUCAGUACGAGGAGAAUAUCUACAGAUGUGAGGACGAGCGCUUUGAGUUGGACGUAGUGCUGGAGACCAACCUGGCCACCAUCCGGGUGCUGGAGGCAGUACAGCGGAAGUUGUCCCGCAUGUCGGCGGAGGAGCAGGCCAAGUUCCGAUUGGACAACACCAUGGGCGGCUCUUCGGAGGUCGUGCACCGCAAAGCCAUCCAAAGGAUAUACGGAGACAAGGCGCCCGACAUCCUCGAUGGCCUGAAGAAGAACCCUGCUGUGUCUGUGCCCAUCGUGCUAAAGAGGCUAAAAACUAAGGAGGAGGAGUGGCGGGAAGCCCAGAGAGGCUUCAACAAGAUCUGGAGGGAGCAGAACGAGAAGUAUUACCUCAAGUCUCUCGACCAUCAGGGCAUCAACUUCAAACAGAACGACACCAAAGUGCUCAGAUCCAAGUCCAUGCUGAAUGAAAUCGAAAGCAUUUAUGAUGAGCGCCAGGAGCAGGCGUCUGAGGAUAACGCGACCCCCCCCACGGGACCUCAGCUGACCCUGGCCUACGAGGACAGUCAGAUCCUGGAGGACGCGGCGGCGCUCAUCAUCCACCACGUCAAGCGGCAGAGCGGCAUCCAGAAGGAGGACAAAUACAAGAUUAAGCAGAUCAUCUACCACUUCAUCCCCGACAUGCUGUUCUCUCAGCGGGGCGAGCUCUCUGAGGUGGAGGAGGAAGAGGAGGAGGAAGAGGAGAUGGAUCUGGAGGAAGGCGCCUCUAAAAAGCACAACGGGGUCCCCGGCAGCGGGAGCCCUUCAAAGUCCAAGCUGCUGUUCGGCAACACGGCAGCGCAGAAGCUACGCGGCACCGACGACGCCUACAACCUCUUCUACGUCAACAACAACUGGUACAUCUUCCUGCGGCUGCACCAGACGCUCUGCUCGCGGCUGCUGAAGCUCUACGGCCAGGCAGAGCGGCAGAUCGAGGAGGAGCUCCGAGAACGGGACUGGGAGAGGGAGGUGCUGGGACUGAAGAAGGAGAAGAACGACAACCCGGCCAUCCAGCUCAGACUGAAGGAGCCCAUGGACAUUGAGGUGGAAGAUUACUACUCAGCCUUCCUGGAGAUGGUGAGGAAUUUGCUGGAUGGAAACAUGGAGACUUCUCAGUACGAGGACUCUUUGAGGGAAAUGUUCACCAUUCACGCUUACAUCGCCUUCACCAUGGACAAGCUCAUCCAGAGCAUCGUCCGGCAGCUCCAGCACAUCGUCAGUGAUGAGAUCUGUGUCCAAGUAACGGACCUCUACCUCUCAGAGAGCUCUAACAGCGCCAGUGGGGGCACCCUCUCCACACAGGCUUCAAGGAGCUCUGCAGAGACCAUGUACCAGAGGAAAGCCGAACAGAUCAUGUCUGACGAGAACUGCUUCAAGGUGAUGUUUUCGAGGAACAGAGGGCAGGUGCAGCUCAUGGUGGAGCUGCUCGACACGGAGGAAGAUAACUCGGAUGAGCCCAUGGAGGCUGAGCGUUGGUCUGAUUAUGUCGGCCGCUACUUAAACCCAGACACCACCACGCCUGAGCUGAGGGAGCACCUCGCUCAGAAGCCCGUGUUCCUCCCCAGGAACCUGAGGCGGAUCAGGAAGUACCAGAAGGGCCGGGAGCAGCUGGACAAGGAGGCCAGCGAGGGAGGCAAGAAGUCGCUGGAGAAGGAGAAGAUGGAGUGCAUGUUCAAACUCAACUCCUACAAGAUGGUGUACGUCUUUAAGUCGGAGGAUUACAUGUACCGACGCACAGCGCUGCUGAGAGCUCACCAGUCCCACGAGCGGGUGAGCGUCCGGCUGCACAAACGCUUCCAGGGCUGGGUGGACGUGUGGGCCAAAGAGCACGUGACCCGCGACAUGAGCGCCGAGACGAAUAAGUGGCUGAUGGGCGAGGCUCGCGAGGGCCUCUUACCCUGCACCACCAGCCGCCAGCCGGAGAUCCUUCACUAUGUGAACAUCAACAAGUACCGCGUCAAAUACGGCCCCCGUAGCAAGUCGCCGUAGCCGCGGAGAAACGAAAAGAGACUGAUUUCUGGGGGUGUUGGGUCUCAAAUCAAACAGGUCAGGAGUAGAGGUAGGGUCGAGGGCUUCUUAAUGAGUUUUUAAGGCCGACAUGGGAGCACUAUUAAGCUAACUACCGUGUGUGUUGCACCCGGGGCGGCAGGAUUACUGAUUUUACCAGCGUUUUUAGCUGGGCCCAAUUUUUUCGCAGGGCCUUUGGUGCCAAAACUUAGGAAUGGUCACGAUCCGGUCGCAGACCUGAGCUCUUACCAGCACUCGGAGCCACUUCUCAAACUUCCCUGAGCCUUUUCUCCACGGGGCUUAGCAACGUAAACGGCGAGCCUGUGAGAGAUAGAGUGGUGCUUUUUGUACUUUUAUCACAACCGAGCUUCAGUUUAGAUUUCCCACUGAUUUUCCACUGAAGCCAUCAGAGGUGAAGCAUCGAAAUCUAUCAAUCAUACAGGGAUUUCUUUAGUGUUAAUCUACAGUAUCCAUGGGAAAAUAAACGGUGGACAAGUGCACUUAUUUAGAAAAAGAAGAACAUGUUUAAGAAAGUUUUGUUUCCCAGAUUUGAAGGUUUGGAGCACGACAAAGUCUGAGAGGUCUGGUUCUGACAUUCCUGCGUUACGGCCAAAUCACAAUUAUGUACCUAUCACUAGACGGAAAGAGGGUUACUUUUUCGAGACACACGGCAGCAUUAUUAGAAACUGUGCCUGAGCCCCAAACAGUAUUGUCGGGUCGACUUCAAAAAGCACUGUCGCGUUUAUAUAAAAAAAAACCUGAAAAAAGACAAAAAAUUCUCCUCACAACACUGUUUGGUCUCGGACUGUAAAUUGUAUAGCUUGUGUAUGUCAGAUACUGACAGGAAUUCCAGUGUAUGUGUUGUGUAUAUAUAUUAUAUAUAGUUCUAUUAACACAAAUAAUCCUCGCCGCCCUGGGAGUCAACCUUUUUUAAAAUGCCCUCUGCCAAUACACCAGCUACACACACAUAAACAAACACACACACACACUCGCACUCGUCUCAUUCUAGGAGGACUGUCCACAUGCCGCUCACGUUGUAAAUACACUGUAUAUAGUCUCAGACUUUUUAUGACAGAUCUGUGUUGUUGUGCUAGUAAUACUUUCCAAGCUUUCUGUGGACUUAAGUGAUAAAUGGCUGAAGUUAGUAUGUAUAUGAAAAAGACAAAUGCAACACCAUUUAUUACAGUUUUUACCAAAGGGAGAUGAUUAUAAAAAUAGCUGUUUUGCCCCCUUUGUGUGUUCCUGUUAUGUCUUCUCUUUUUAAUAUCUGUAGUAAAAACAUGUGGAAAAGUAGAAAUGUAUCCAGGUCUUUUGGUUUUUUUUAUAUAUGAGAAAGAACUUUUCUUUUUCUGCUGAAUGUGACACCUGGUUGGUUUAAAAAAUAAUAAUCACUGCCCCCACUUCUGACAACCGACACCGUCCGUGGCGAUGGUGGGACUCUUUAAUUUCUCUCCGGAUGAGUGGACUCCACAACGGUCUCACCUUGUGACGCACUUCUUCCCUCCCUGGAUAGAUUUCUGCUGCAAACUUCAGCCCACACCAUAUUUUUGAUAAUGGAAGAAGUCACACGAGCAUGUCUUUAGUCCCUUUAUUUAGUCAUUAUUUAAUGUAAUAAUAAAAACGACAUUUGUAGCCUACGGA